AUGGCUAAGCGAGUGACGAUAAGAAUAGAGCACACAAAGAAUACGUUUUUCGAGAAGUCAAAGAUGUCAGAGAAUGCCAAUAAUUCUGGAAGUUUACAGACUUCUGAAGACGCAGCACCAAGACCAAGAAGACCGAAAAUUGAAGUUUGUUCUGCAUAAAGCGCACGAAAAUCUCAAAAAAAUUCCGUUUGAAAUCAAGAAUAUUGUGGAUUUGAAAAAUGUGCAGGGUAUCCGAGCAGUGAAAAUUGGACUCAUUCUCAGCAUUUUUUUCAGGCAUUGGAGAGAAUAUUGCAUUGAAAUUGGAGGAAACUUGGACGGUUGCCGUCCGAGAAAACGGCGGAGAAGAAUUGAAUUUGAAGGAAGUCAAAAAAUUGACGACGGACGACUUUCGACGCCUUCAGAAUGGACGAAAGACGACGACGGAGAAGGCGAAGGACGCGAAGCGGGCGGAGAAAAUGAGCGAGAGAAUGGACAAAAAGGCCGGCGAAGACGACGAAUUUCUGUCGUCGGACGAAGAAGAGCAGCGUGCUCCAGUUGCUCAGCCGUCUUUCCAGAAGACGUACAGCCUCCAAGUGACCAAAACGGCACCGACUGUGCCCGGUUUCAUUCGUUCGCAAAGUGGGCAUGUCGUCGGAACGUCUUCUGCCUCUGAUCCACUCAGCUUCAGAAUCAUUACUUGCAAACCAUACGAAAACCCGACAGUGAGUUUCUUAUUUUAGUGCACAGUCCCAUUUUUUUACUGCAGGUGUACCUGGUGGCGGACAAUCGGGAGCAUCGGAACAAUCCACGUUUCAAGUCGGUCAUCGAACAUCUCGUGAAAAAAGAAGGCAUUCGAGUAGAGAUUCGGGCGCUUUCCGUCGGCGAUUACAUUUGGAUUUGCCGAAAGAUUGACGGAUCGGAGAUUGUGAUGGAUUGGGUGGUCGAGCGGAAAACCUGGGACGAUCUGCAGUCGAGCAUCCGCGGAGGACGAUACGACGAGCAGAAGAAACGGCUUGGGAUGGCGCCGAUCAAGAACCGAAUCUAUCUGAUCGAGGCGACGAGCAAGGGCGACGUCGCCUGUGAGCAGGCCAUUGCUUCGACUCUUUCCAACGGCGGAUACCUGAUUCAACGGUGCGCGGACACCCGGGACACGGCCGCCUUUCUCAAGGAAGUUACCGUUCGGCUGCAGAACAGAGCGUCCGUCGAGGAGAUUUCCGGAGUGCCGUUCAGUCAGCUCCAGAAUCUGCUGCAGAAGAAGAAGGCGGAGACUGUGAUGGAGGCGUGGAUCCGGCAGCUGAUGGUCUGUCCCGGAAUGUCGCACGCCCGUGCCGAAGCGAUCGCCAACCGUUUCCCGUCGAUGCCGGCUCUUCUCGCUUACUUCCGGGCCAACGGCGAUGAUGCGCCGAUAAGAAUGCUUCAGAUGAUGCCUCAGUUGACACGUCCAAUAACUCGAAACCUUUUCAAAUUCUUUGUUCAGUAA